GGGUGGGAGGUGAUGACGAGAUGAAAGGGGCCAGGUGAGGAGGAGACACAGGAGCGCCUCUCUCUCUCUCUGUCUCUCUCUCAGUCUCUCUCUCUCUGUGUCUGUGACGUGGUGUGUGUGUGUGAUGGAGAGAAAGCGAAACAGGUCGGCUCUCCUUCAGUAGACUGUUAACCUGCACAGGAGGAAGCAGCCCUCUUCAGACUGAGAUCUCUCCGUGUGAAGGUCAAGUUGGAGAAAGAAGGACAACUUCACUAAGAGUAAUCAGGAAAUAAGUGAAAACUGAGAGCGUCUGCAAAGCUCCAGGCUGAAGUCUCCGGCGCUCAGGUCUACAGCUCCAGCUGCCAUGACAGACACUCCCGCUUGAGCUUCUCAGUGACACCCUAUGACGGGGGAGGAUGGGUGAUGGGCCCGUGAAAUUCAGCGGACUCUUUCCUCCUUAUCCCAUCCUCUCAUGGAGCACCCUGUCACACCGAGCCCCUCCUGGAACCAUUCUCUCUCGGGCCUCCCCAUACUUCCAGCCUCUCUGCACCCAAAUAUCUCUAACGUGACCUCGCCGGCCACAAGCCUCCCAGGGGGGCUCGAUCUGAACCGGUCCUUGGCGCUGUGUGCCAUGCUCAUCAUCGAUGUGCUGGCGGUGGUGGGGAACUUGGCUGUGAUGAUUGUGAUCACUAAAACGCCGCAGCUACGCAAGUUUUCCUUUGUGUUCCACCUGUGUCUGGUGGACCUGCUAGCAGCGCUGGUGUUGAUGCCUCUGGGGAUGCUGUCAGACCGAAUCCUUGCGGACGAGGCGUUGUGUCGGAGCUACCUCUGCCUGAGUGUGUGUCUAGUGAGUGCUGCCAUCCUCACCAUCUGUGCCAUCAACGUGGAGCGCUACUACUACAUCGUCCACCCCAUGCGUCAUGAGGUGAAGAUGACACUGGGGCUGGUGGUGACAGUGUUAGUGCUAAUCUGGAUUAAAGCCAUUGUUAUGUCGGUGCUGCCUCUCGUUGGAUGGCUGCUUCAGGGGAACCAGGGUGUGGGUACUCCUUCGACCCUCAUUCAGGGUCAGAGACACUGCUCCCUUCACUGGACGGGAGUCAGACACACGCGGCUACUUUUCAUGGUCUUCUUUACGUUCAUCUAUUUUCUUUGCCCUAUGCUGAUCAUCCUGGUGGUCUACUGCAACAUGUUCAAGGUGGCGAGGGUAGCAGCCAUGCAGCACGGCCCCCUGCCCACUUGGAUGGACACGCCCCGACAACGCUCCGAGUCAAUCAGCAGCCACUCCACCAUGGCAGCCAGCCUCGGUGGAACUGGCGCCCGCACCACCCCACAGAGGACCUUCAGCGGCGGGAAGGCUGCGGUGGUUUUGGUGGCAGUGGGUGGUCAGUUCCUCUGCUGCUGGCUGCCAUAUUUCUACUUCCAUCUCUACACGGCGGUGGUCUCUACCUCUCCCUCCUCACUGGCCCAGCUGGAGGAUGUUGUCACAUGGAUAGGCUAUUUUUGCUUCACCUCCAACCCCUUCUUCUACGGCUUCCUUAACCGUCAAAUUCGCGAGGAGCUGGGCCGCCACCUGGCCUGCCUCUUCAAGCGGGCCGGGCCAAGCGAAGGGGAGCAGCUGCCCAGCCGCGAGGCCUCCAUCGAGGAGAACUUUUUGCAGUUCCUUCAGGGCACUGGAUGCAAUCUGGAGCCCUGCAACUCGCACAGCAGAGGCAGCCAAGAGGAUCCAGAGACUGAGGGCCUUCAGGAAUCAGCUGUUCAGCAGAACACGCCAGCUGACUUCCACAUCCCAGGGCAGAUCCUUGAGGAAACCUCAGAGUUCAUACAGCGGCAACAGCUGAACAAUGAGCUACAUGUAUCAGAGAACUGCUACAAAACUGUGCCCGAGCUGUAGCUGCCUCUCAUGUACCGUCUCUUUUGCCAUCUAUAAUCCAAUAAAUAUAUUUAGUUUUAUUCUUAUUUUCUAAAAUGUGUUAAGUUAAUACAUCUUUUGUUCAUGCUACAACAGUGCUUUUAAGCUAACAACCAAGUGAACUGCAAAACACGUUGUCUUUUUCAAAAUAAUUUAAGUUGUGUCGAGAUUUCGGAGAAAGACGAAGACGAAUAUGUUCCAUCUUGCUCGUAUCAUAGAGCAUUACAUGUUUUCAGAGCCAUACAUGUUCAAAAGUGUGUAUGUACAGUGUCAGACUGUUUUCAAUGUGAUGUUAGCUGAUGGACACUAAACUCUUGUGAUAAUCACGGGUCAGUGGUGUGACAAACAUCACAGAAAAAAAGAAUUGCUGAAACUCUGUGAGUGCAAAACUUCAGGGGAAACACCAAUUUUCACACUUGGGAAACUCUUAGAGCCAUUUAAUGACAUUUUAAGUGAAAAAGUGAAAUGUGACUUUUGAUAUGCAUUCCUUAAUUUAUUCCUCAUUUAAGUGAGGUUCAAAAAUGUUAAGUGUGAAAUAAGUCACAAAACAUCACUGCGAUUACAUCAAAAAUGCUCUACUUCCAUUUUCAUGUUCUUCUUGUUUUACUUACUUACCAAGACUUGAAAAAGCCCCUUGACAAUCCGUUCAUAUUUGCUCAGCGAGACAGCAGUUCCCUAUGAACAAACAGAUGUUUUAUUAUUCAUAUAAGUAAUGAUCUAACAAUAAAACCCACUUUGCUUCACCUAUAUAUAGAAACUAGUUAAUCUCAAACAUAUUUUUGAGUCUGUUGAAAGAAAAACCGUGAGAAAAGAGGAGGGAAAAGUACAUAUUGUGAGUUAUUGUAGCUGUCGUGCCCGGUUUGUUGAGGAUAUGUUUACAAGUGUUUUUAUUUCACUUGCUCAUCAUAACACCAAGGACUUCAUGUAAAAAUGUAGUUGUUUUCCCAGUAGAAAUGCAUGAAUAUUCAGAACCAUUUUAAAAAUGGUCUAUUCCUUUGAAAUAUUCAUUGUGUUAAACAGGAUCAUUUCACAGCUGGUGCUGCUGGUGUUAUUUAUAAUAAACAGGCUGACACACUAGCGUAUUAUUAAGCAUUUUCCAGGAACAUAGUUAUCAUGUUUAUCUGUUUGCAGUCUUGUGAUUAUCACCUCCUCACCAAAAUCCUCUCACAUUGGUACACUCGUGAUUUCACCCUCCUCCACUCAAAGAAAAACAUUGUGACUGCUUUAAUUUGUAUGACACUAAUGGUGUUAGGAUUUAAGCUUUGCAAAAACAUUGUCAAACCACAGUUGAACUGUAAGAAAAAAGAAAAAAAAUAAGCAGGUUGUGGACUAUUUUGGACAUUGUGAACCCCCCCCCCCCCCCCCCCGAUGUCUCUGCUGUUUACAGGUAAACAAGGGAGCCGUGUGAGUGCGCCUGUGUUUGUGCUCUAAACAACCAUGCUUGUUGUGGCUACACAGCACACAGGUGAGACGGUGCUUACACAUGGCAAGCUUUGCCUUUGGCCUCAUACAGCAACAAAUGGAAGACUGUGGUGAUACUUUCUCUGAUCUCAGGUGGAAUACAAACAGUUUGCACAAGUCACACGAGCAGUGACAAAUCUUCCAAAGAAAUUACACGGCACAAAUCUUUUACUAAACACUUUCUUGUCUCUUUUUAUACUUGCUCUUUUUUGCUGCCUUUAUCUAUUUUGGGCUGCCUCAUACCGGACUGUUGGCAUGAUCAUAAGACAUACAGGAGGUUCAUAUUUUGCUGGGAGUCAGAACAAAAAAAGGCCCCUUUGUCAGGAGGAGACAUAAUGUUCUUAAUAUUCCUGCAAUAUGACGCUGUUGCACACUGUUUUUCAGAUAGGGUCAUCAUGUCAUCUUGUUUCAAAAUGUUUCCUUUGUGUGCAGUAAUGUGAGGCCCUAGAAAAUAGUGAGCUCAAUCACUGCCAUAAUUCUAAAUGUUCAAAAGUGUGUAUGUAAAUAAAUAAACAUACCAUUUUAUGCAACAAAAUGACAUAGAACUAUCUUGAUUGAUUCCACGAGGGUACAGGAACAAGAGUCUUAUCUCUUCAGAUUAUCUUACUCAUUGAACAUUAUUAAUCAUCUCCUCUUUAUCGUACAAUGUUGUAAUAAAUUGGGUGAUAUUUCUCAUCGUCUGGGGUCAUUACAAAGCCCCUUAUGCUGAUUGAAUCCACCAUUCAAUCAGCUGGAUUUUCGUUACCGUAGCAGCAAAAUUGCCCCGACCAAUCUGAUUAAAUACUUUAAGCUCUAUUUCUGCUACCAUCUGUUGAUUAUGAGGACAUGGAAAUAAGCUGCUCUGAAGGUGAAUGUCAGAUAAUAUUCCCAGCUUCAGGAAUAUUCACUGACAUUAGUCAGAAACUGUUUUGUUCAUCGUAAAUAAAUAAUGUGUCUUUUGUACCCGA